AUGAAUAUCGAUAUAGAAUUAGCGGCUGGCAUAGCUCCAGGAAAUAAUUUGGGCAGCGACGACAUUCCAUCAUCACCCUGCAGCGACUCUGUCGACAUCGAAGAACUUGGAAAAUGCAGACCUGAUAUUUUUGCGAACGGCUGGGUAGAGAUAGGGUUCUGUAUCUCUGUCCUUGGCUCGGUAAUGGUGGCAGAAUUCCUUGUGAGCGGGUUUAGUGUCCUACUUCCAGUACUCAUAGAGGAUAUUGGCAUCGAUCCAAACCAGAGGACCUGGCCCGUUACUGUCUUCUCCCUUGUCACCGGCUCGUUGCUGCUGCCUUUCGGUCGGCUCACCGACAUGUUUGGCGGCUUCCCAGUUUACCUUGGCGGGCUCGUAUGGUUAAUGUUAUGGACAAUAGUGGGUGGUUUUAAUCGCAACCUACCGAUGGUACUGGUGACUAGGGCUCUUCAGGGAAUAGGAGCCGCGGCCUUUUUACCUGCCGGCACUACUCUACUCGGAACCACUUACCGUCCUGGCCCACGAAAGAAUACCGUAUUCAGUCUGUACGGGGGUUGUGCGCCGCUCGGAUUCUUCUCCGGCAUUAUCGUUGCCGGUCUUACUGGAGAAUUCGUUUACUGGGGCUGGUUCUUCUGGAUCGCAUCUAUGCUACUGGCUGUUUUAUGCACGCUUACAUUCUUCUGCGUCCCUCGCGAGCGGAAGCGAGGUGACUGGUCUUCGAUGGACUGGUGGGGUUGCUUGACUAGCACUUGUAGCUUCAGUUUGCUCAUAUAUGCCAUUACCGACGCUUCUCAUGUCGCUGGCAAUUGGGCAUCGCCUAGAAUAUUCAUUACCUAUAUACUAGGUCUCAUCGCUCUCGCGGCUUUCGCUUACGUUGAAGGAUGGGUUGCCACAUCCCCCUUACUACCUUUCGGUUUAUUCACCAUUAAAAACAUCGGCCCACUCUUCCUCGCCCUCUUCUUCGUGUGCGGCUCUUUCAGCAUAUAUCUAUUCUAUACGAGCUUCUACAUCCAAACCGUCCUCGAGGUACAACCAUUGCUCGCUGCAGUCUGGUUUGCUCCUAUGGCUGCCGGCGGGAUCAUCAUCGCCCUUGUUGGUGGUAUUACGCUCCAUCGUCUACCUGGCACUAUGCUACUUGUCUUAUCCGGGACCGGUCUUGUCUUAUGUUCCUUUCUCUUCGCCCUCAUACCAGAGAAUCCAAACUACUGGGCGUGGGUGUUUCCGGCAAUGGUAUGCAGCACCAUAGGAAUCGACAUUGGCUUCAACGUCAGCAGCAUCUUCAUCACUACGAACGUCCCCAAGAAUCAACAAGGUUUAGCGGGGGCAUGUAUCAAUGGGUUAAGCUAUCUAGGCAUCAGCUUAUUCCUCGGCUGGGCCGACUUUGCUGUCGCCAGCGAAUCUAAUAAUGGACUGGGCGAGAGUUAUAAGGUCGCGUUUUGGCUCGCUGCUGGGUGCGGGGCCGUUGUUAUCCUGCUCGUCCUAGGGUUUAUUAGGAUCGGUAGAGCAAGGAGCGACUUCACUGUAGAAGAGAAAGCUCAACAACAAGCGCCUGAUCCAGAAACCGAAGAAUUAAUGUCGGAUACGACGACGGAUACGAGCGAAUAA